UUCAGAUUUGACGUAUGUGGGCAAUGUUCUCCAAUUAUUCAAUACAUAAUGGGGAUUAUUCCAGCAUGAAAAUAUAUGUGGUUACUGCUACAGAUAAGAACACUAACUGUGCCAAAAACAACCUGUCUUUGGUUAUCUGCAUCCAUGACUAGGAUUGCUGUUCUUGUGUAGAUAAUUUGUAACCAGUUAAUGAAUUAUAGAAAUUUUAGGUCAUUCUGGCAAGAAGCAUAGGAGCCAGACAACUACCAGCUUAACAAUGUAUAGGCUUCCCAAAAUGAUUUUUCCGCAUAUAAUCUAAAUGUGGUCGGGUUAACUUGGUUGAACACUAUAACCUCUCAAGAGACAGUCAUUUUUUAAAUUUUGGAUAAUAUUGGCUGCCCUGGUGGUAACACCAUUAUUUUUAAACAUCGUGAUCUAUAGAUGAUUUUAGUAAUUUGUGCUAAUAAACUUUACACCAUUACCACGUCUUUCCUUGACAUGUUAAUGCCUUGACUUUUUACCUUAAACUGUUGGUUGAUAUUUGAUAUUAAAUGUCAAACAAAGCAAUAUAAACCCUUUAAAACAUCAGCAUCUGUAAUAAUGCUUGAGUAGUAUGUGCCAAUUUUUUUUUUUUAUAAAUGGAAGCACAAAAAUUCGAAAUGUAGUUCACAACCCAAAAGUUGACAAGUUGGUUCCUGUAUGAAGCCCUCCUAGUAAGGAAAUGAAAAGCUAAUUUAGGCAGAGGGAAAGUGAAACUUAUUUCCCGUGAGAUACACUCUCGCUGAUUUAGAAACCACAGGCACGAUGUGUGGCUAUAAAGGCAGAGCAUUCUUAAAGUCAUUCAGUUGCUGAACUGUGAUCAUGAGGAGCCAUCAGAAGCCUUUAGAAGUGAAAAUCCUGUAUAGAGCAGGAACAGACCAGGAACCUUAUGUGCAGAUCAUAACUGUAGAAGAGGCAAAACGUCGCAAGAGUACUUGCAGUUACAAUGAUGACGAGGACGAGGAACAAACAGAAGAUUUCAUGCCUGAUUUAAAACAUAAGAGUUUACUGUUGGAUGAUACGCAUGUCGAGAAGCUGGCACAUCGCCUGCCUGCAAGGGUUCAAGGCUACCCCUGGCAUCUCGUGUACAGUACACAGAAGCACGGAACUAGUCUGAAGACUCUUUAUAGAAAUCUCUCCUCUCUUGACAGCCCUGUCCUGCUAGUUGUUAAAGACAUGGACAACCAGGUAUUUGGGGUAUAUGCAACACAUCCAUUCAGGCUUAGUGAUCACUAUUAUGGCACAGGAGAAACCUUCUUGUUCACAUUUAAUCCUGAUUUCAAGGUUUUCAAGUGGAGUGGAGAAAAUUCUUAUUUCAUCAGUGGAGAUACAAAUUCUUUGGACAUAGGGGGUGGAGGGGGUCGGUUUGGUUUGUGGCUUGACUCUGAUUUAUAUCACGGAAGAAGUAACUCUUGUAGCACCUUCAACAAUGACAUCUUGUCCAAGAAGGAGGACUUCAUUGUGCAAGACAUAGAAGUCUGGGCAUUUGAAUAAAAUUACGUCAGUCAUUUCUCUGAAGGAGAAGGCAAGCAAAAAUAUGCCCCAUGAUUUAUGAAGGCAGCACCUUGAAGACCACAACCACAUUUCAGUUCCUUGGGCUCGUCCUAAUAUAUAUAUAAUCUUUGAAAGUUUAUGCAAUGCAGUGAUGUCAAAGGACGUACUUAACGCAGUUUGUGCUGCAUGUGGUCAGAGCAUAUAGUGGGUGUUUUAAAUGCUCGGUAUAGAUGGUUGUUUCAGAUCCAUGCAUCAUAUGAAUUAUGUAUUGAUCACACUUGAUGCAUUAUGGGCAAAUGACUCUGGAAGUUAUGCAUCAUCCUUGUGGCUAAGGCACUAGAUACAAUGGGUGAAGCUUGUCUCUAAUAACAAAAGGGAGACCCUCUUGUACGUUUCUGUUAAUCUAUUGAGUAGUAUAAUUGACAUAAUCUAGACAAACUUUACAAAGCACUUGGAUUUAAAUUGUUUUAUAAUGGAAACCAUACAAAUUCACAGAUAAUUUUUUUUGGUUCGGAAAUAGUAGCACUACAAAAGCAAUUGCUUUAAAACUAAAUAAGCCUAAU